GAGGAUCGCAUCACCGUUAACCAGCCAAAAGGUCAGUGACUGACGAAAAUGGCGAUCAUGCGAUAAUCGUGUAGCCGAAGAAGAAGAAGAAGAAGAAGAAAGAAGAUGGUGUUUUGGGAGAUAACUCUAGGAACAGCUUACUUCUUGGGACUGAGACGGACUUAUAGGCUCGCUCUGAAGAUCCAGCGUCGGCUUGUUACUCCGAAACAUCCCAAAAUCCGUCAAUUUCUUCAUCGGAGGACUCGUAAAAUCUUCGAUGUGGCGAUUUCGGUUCACAAGAACAUACAAGAAAGAGACAUAGAAGUUGGUAGGAAUCUCGGAAAUUGGAUUCUUCGUUGGCUCGAUAAGAUGAAACCAGCAGCUCAGAUCCGUACUCGGCCAGAACUACCACACAACAGCAAUUCCAACAUGGACAAGGCAAAGAGACUAACGGAAUUGUCCCGUCCCAAAUCGCACACGAACACGACGCAGACUCCACAAAACCGUGAAUCCGAUAGGCAUUUGUUUACCUCGUUGAAACACUUCCGGCACAAGCCAUUCCCGUCUGUCUCUAUGAUGAUCCAACCGCCGAGACCCAAUGGAACUACGACUCAGUACAGACAUUACUACAGUGGCGGUCUAGCAGCAAGUCUGAUUCAACCGAGCUAUGUUACAGGUGGCGGGUUCAAUGGUGUAGUCAGGAAAGACAUUUUGCAGUGGAUGGCACAAAGAUGAAAGAUGAUGCAGCUAAGUCCCAUCUUUCUCUGACAUAAUUGAGCCUCUCUCUUUUCUUUUUUUAACUUUUAAUUGCAGAAAUUAAUGUGAUUGUUGAUAGAUCCUGAAGCAACUAUGUAGUAAACAUGACAAUGUCUUUUUCUUUCUAACGCUUGAAUAAAGUUUCAUAUACUUUGAGAGAUCAUUACUAUACAUCAUUAUC